AUGUCUAAAUGCGACAAUUGUGAUAAGUCCAUAACAAAAAAGUCACCUAGGCUUGAGUGCAACAAAUGUGGAAAAAGAGUACACGCCAAUCAAUUAUACACAGGCUUAUCUUCGAAGCAGCUAUCAGCUCUGCGCAAUGCUGAAAACCUGGAGUGGACAUGUGAGGAUAGUCGUAACGAAUCGCCUCAUCGUAAGUCUUUCAUAAUUCCGGAGGACGAUGACGAUGAUACUGAUGGGAUUCAGCUGGGUGAAAGCGGUUCGACAGCGAUAAGUAAAUUACUUCGUGAUAUCUCACUUGAGGUAAAGAAAGCAGUGAAGAUGGAACUGGCUUCUGUGAACGAAUCGUUAAGCUCAUGGUGUAUAACAAUGGAUACUAUAAAUGCUACACUGGAAAUCCUAACUGAGAAAGUGAAAGACUUGGAGAAGAAAAACAUGUACUUGACAAAUCAAAAUACCCACUUGGAAUUAAAAGUUAAUGCUAUGGAACAACAAAUCAGAAAUAUGGAACAAAAACAGUUGGAUAAUGUACUGGAAAUAACAGGAAUUCCCGAAGAUAAGGACGAGAACUUGGAAAAACUUUCAAGUAAACUAGCCUCGAAACUAAACGUAGAGAAACGUCAAGCGUCAAUGGUGAAAAGACUGAAAGGCAGGGACGGUAAAGAAGGUGUGAUCCAGGUAGACGAUGAUGACAACAAGAGGAACAGGUCGACCAGUGGAUCCGCGCUGCACGAACGGAAACAAUUGCUUUGGAAGAUAUAA